AUGAUGAUCCUGCCGGGAAGAAAGGCACAGUGGUGGGCUGGGGUCGAACGUCCGAAGGAGGCAUGCUGUCAGCCGUGGCCCAAGAAGUCCAAGUUCCUAUUCUAACCAACAACCAAUGCAGAGCAACCAAGUACCGACCAACCAGAAUCACAACCAAUAUGCUUUGCGCCGGUGUCGGGAAACAGGAUUCUUGUCAGGGUGACAGCGGUGGUCCUUUGAUCAUAAGCACUGGCGUUGACAAAUUUGAACUCGUUGGUAUCGUCUCUUGGGGAGUGGGCUGUGGCCGGCCUGGAUAUCCCGGUGUCUACACCCGUGUGAGUCGCUACAUGGACUGGAUACAGAGGAACAUGCAUGACACCUGCUUCUGCGUCAGUUGACAUUUCUCCGACCCCCGCCCUCCACCGCGCAUCGGUGCCAACGUGACGUCAGACAAAGGAGUCAAACCACAAGGCUCCCUCCACAUGAACGAACUUUCAACGAACUAGCCGGAAAGUUCGGGAUUUCGGCUUCC